GGUUUAGUGAAUACAACAAACAGAAAGACAUGGACAAUAUCCAUGAGAUCGAGGACACUGGAGAUAAAGACGACCUAGUCGCGUCAGAUCUGCUGCCCGUUCCAGCCGGCAAUGGAAGCGAUCCAUUUUGCUACAUCUGUAUUUGCACAUUCGGAGAGAUGGCUCCGAAAUCAACCCCAGAAGUGUACUCUGACUCGGCCAUGCUGCCUAACAGGGAAGAUGAAGAUUAUUUUAACUAUUAUCGCCUCAGCAUGUAGCGUCUCUUCCGUUCUAUUUGCACCCUAUUCACUAACAGACGAAACAGUUCUCUUCCACCGAGAAAAGCAUAUCUGUCGCAUUUCGGGCAUAUCAAACAUUAUCGUUGGCGACUAUGACUUUCACACACGCCAGGCACCCUGGGAUGAACACACGGCGAUCAUGAGAUCUACAAAAAAUUCAUGCUUGAAUAACGAACUCGCGACGGCUCUCCAGUACGAAGACCGCGAUUUAUCCGGCAGUGAUCGAAGGCUUAUGUGCCUGGUAGUUCAUGCUCGCUGCUGGCAAUUACUCUGUAAGCACAGGAUUUGGUCUCUCUGUGGGGGUGACAUAAAACUUGUGAUGCGAGCCCUAUAUCGUCGACGUCUUCCUAAAUACCAUCAGCCAUUAACCUCAUUUAAACGUCCGCUGCCUAUGCUUGAUGAUGGCACGGAAGAAGACCCCUUUUACAGUAACCGGGUACAGUCUAUAAUCCGCCAGGCUGGACGCAGGACGCGCAAACAAUACCACGCUCUGCAACACAGACAUAAGAUGAUUUACCUCAGUCGACUCCCUCCGGAGAUUCUACUUAUGAUAGCGAAUUUACUCCCGUCCACAGACACUGCAGCGGUCCAGAAGGCCAUCGGAUCUUAUUUAGGUGAUAUAUACUGGCGCUCCAGAAUCCCAGAUAUUUUUUAUGAAGCCCGAGACCUGACCACUGAGAGCCUAAACUGGGAAUAUCUAUGCUUGGAGCUGGAAAGGCUGAAAUCGCGCUGGGCCAUUUAUUAUUCCUGUCGCGACGACAUUUGGGAUAGCCUGGAUAGGACCGUCCAGCUCAUUGGUGAAUUUAAUGAUGUAUGAAACCAAUCAUGACAAAAACACCUCCCGACCAUGGAGCUGAUCUCGUUGGAUUGGGGAUGGGCAUCAUACCAAAAACCAUGGACCGGUGGUUAGCAACUACGUCUCGCCAGUCACUCCCUGUCCCUACGCCGCAAGAAUUACUGAACUUGACCGAGCACGGAUGGUUAGUGA